UUCAAAAUUCAGAGACUGGUUUUGUAAUAUGCAUAACAGAACCAACCAACUUGAUUCUCUUUGUUGUGUAGUCUUCAUCUUGAUCAGCUGUUUUGCAUACAGGAACCAAGUUUGAAGUUAGAUAAACCUGCUUGCAAUACAAUAAUAAUAGAGUAACAUAAAUGAUUGUUUUAUGUCUGUAUUGUGUCUAAGUGUUACAAAAUGGAUAUAAAGAGAAGAACUUUGUUAAUUAUGGAAAUGGCAAAAGUUCAAACCCCUGAUUCUUCUGAACCAGAUCAUGAGCCUACGUUAUUGGAAACUGAUCAGGAGUCGACAAAUAUACAACAAGAGCAUAGCUAUGUCUGCAAUGAUAGUCCUAUAUCACAUAAACCUACACAGAAUGAAGGAGAAAACGGUGUAGAUCUCAAUGAAAUGUUGGAAAAUAACAUGCCUGAUUUGGAUACAAGCUACCUGGAUAUUUCAAAAAUGGAAAUUGUGUACGACUUUCCAAAUAUUUCAUUUGAUACCAGCAAAUCACAAGAACCUAGUCUAACAGAUUCAAUAUUAGAUGAUGGUGAUAGUGUUUCAAUUAUCUGGUGCUAUUGA